CAGCAGAUGGCGAUGGGAGGCUUUCAGGUGAUGUUUCUUGCGUGACGUAUAAUCUAGUGGACGGAAAGCUUCAACGGCGGCAAAAGACAACUCAUUCAACCACUUCGGUAGCGUGUAGCGCACAUUAAACCAGUCUUGUUUAUAUUAAGGUUCAUCGCUAAUGCUAACUAUCUAGCUAGCUAACAUCCCGACCAUGAGCUCACUAAGAUACUCGGAGAAAGAAGCUCUAGGGCUGAACAUGAUCGUAAGAGAAGAAGAGGAAGAAGCUUUAAGAAUAAAAAAUGAAGAAGAGGAGAUGGAUAUUACAGUGAAAGAAGAGAAAGAACCUUUUGGAGUGAAAGAGGAAGUAGAAGCUUUCAGAAUUCAAAAGGAAGGUGCCAUAACAUUAAAAGAAGAAAAUGUAGGGGAAGAAGAGAGAGAACAUUUUGGAGUAAAAGAAGAAGAGGAAGGAAUGGAGGAGGAGACAGAAUAUCUGAUUAACACCAGAGAGAGACCUGACUAUUGUGGAUCCUCUGGGGAGCCUCAACAACAUCCUGAUGCUGACGAGGCAGAGAAGAGUCUCUCCAGAUCAGAACACCAGAUGGACAACGCUAGCCCUUCCGCCCUCCCGGAGUCCCUGUGUCGUGCCUCUCCCGGUAGCGCCUUACUGCUGGGUAUGAAGAGGUUGUCUGUGUUGCUGGUGGACUGCAGGAAAACAACGGGGCUGAAUGGAACUGUGAGAGGAGGAGAAGAGAAGAAAGGAUCAGAUUUGACUCAUCAAAGCAAUGAGCAUCCCUCAACUCCCCAAGAUGCUGCUGCCAAUCUUGUUGAUGUUGAGGAGGAUGGCCCCCGCUGCUGGAGAUCCUGUCACUUCAAACCAUCAGAGAUAGACUUCAAUGAUUCCCUGUCUGGCGUACAAAGCACCCUGCCUACCCCCUCAGAGGCAGAGUGUUUUAAACUGUUCUUUGAUAAGGAAUUGGUGGAGAGUGUGGUGCAGGAAACCAACAGGUAUUCUCAUGAACUGAAAGAGAAGACUCCCCCUGGCGUAAAAGGGAAGCUCUCAAAAUGGGUGAACACUACUAUCAGUGAAAUGUAUACCUUCCUGGUGGCGGUGAUGCUGAUGGGGCUAGUGAAGAAGGGCUCUGUGAGGGACUACUGGACCACUAACCCUAUGCUACAGACACCUUUUUUCCAAACCCUUUUCUCCCAGGACCGCUUCCUUGUCUUGCUCAGAGCGCUCCACUUUGUGAACAACGCCACGGCAAACCUUGACGACCCCCUUCACAAAAUCAGGAAUAUCCUGAGCAGCUUGACCAGGGCAUUUGGAAGAGUGUUUGUGCCUCACAAGGACUUGUGCAUUGGCGAGUCUCUCAUGGCUUGGAAAGGGAAGCUUCCAUUCCGCCGAUACGUCCCGUCAAAGCGCCACAGAUUUGGAGUCAAGUUCUUUGUUUUAUGUGACUGUCUGACAGGAUAUGUGCAGGACCUGAUCAUCUACACCGACACCACCACAGAUAUAAAGCACGUUGAGGGUCUUGGCAUAUCUGGAUCAGUGGUGAUCACCAUGCUGCAACCUUACCUCAGAAAGGGACACACUGUAUUUGUGGACAGCUGGUACAGCAGCCCUACCCUUUUCCAGUACCUUCUAAGGGCGAACACGGGGGCCUGUGGCAUGGUGAGAUCCAAAAGGAAGGGGAUGCCAAUAUUCAAAAAGAAACUGAGCAAGGGAGAGGUGGAGUUCCAAACCAACGGGGAGAUAAUGGCAGUGAAAUGGCACGACAAACGACAUGUCCAUGUUCUGUCCACUGUGCACACCUCCACAAUGUCGGACACAGGAAAACUGGACUAUGUCACCGGAGAGAGGAAAAUAAUGCCAGACUGUGUCUUGGAGUACAACAAGAAGAUGGGAGCAGUUGACAAAGUGGAAAUGCAGAACACUUUUGUUGAGUGUGCCAGAAAGUCCCUCAAAUGGUACAGGAAGCUAUUUUUCCACCUAAUAGACAUAGCUCUCUUCAACGGCCACGUUGUCCACCGGCAGGUCACAGGACAGGUGAUCUCCUACCAGCAGUACAGGGUAAACCUGAUUCGGCAGAUCCUUGAGAACCACCAUACUCCUCGUCGUCCGUCUACUGGGGGCCGGCCUCCCUCUGACAAUCCUCUACGCCUCACUGGACGCCACUUCCCGAGCGACGUCCCUCAGACCACCCUGCAAGGGAAGAGCACCAGGAGGCAUUGCAAGGUCUGUCAAACAUCUACCCGGCGGCAGAAACGAAGGAAGAUGACUAAGUACAUGUGUGAGCCUUGUAACACGGCCUUGUGUAUAAUUCCUUGCUUUGGAGAAUACCACACCCUUAAGCACUACUGAGUGGCAUUAUGAUGAUAGAAAAACAAAUGAUACAUUUCAAUACAUUUUACAGUUGUAUGACUUGAGUUUUUUGAUGCGUGGGGGGGAUAUUUUAUUUUUUUAAACACCAAAAAAGAAAUGAAACGUGUUUACCCGAAAAUAAAAUGUAACUCCUGUGCUCCAUUUCUGAAAUAAAAAAGUAUGUCAUCAACUUUA